GUUCUUCGCUUUCCGCGUCCAGCUCGGACUCCAUCCUUGCUGGUUCGCACGCACAACCUGAAGUGAGCGUGCCGGGAUGACGUUCUGGUUGCUUGGAGCCUUGUAGGUCUGGUCUCUCAGGAGAGAAGCCUCACCAGGGAACAGAGACCCCUGAACUAAGGCGCCAUGGCUACAUCAGCCCCCCUGCGGAGCCUGGAAGAGGAAGUGACCUGCUCCAUCUGCCUUGAUUACCUGCGAGACCCUGUGACCAUCGACUGUGGCCAUGUGUUCUGCCGCAGCUGCACAGGUGACAUCCGUCCUAUCUCAGGGAGUCGCCCUGUAUGCCCACUCUGCAAGAAGCCUUUUAAGAAGGAGAACAUCCGGCCCGUGUGGCAGCUGGCCAGCCUGGUGGAGAAUAUCGAACGACUGAAGGUGGACAAAGGCAGGGAACAGGGCGAGCUGGCCCGGGAGCCACAGGAUGUGAAGUUGUGUGAGCGGCACCAGGAGAAGCUGCACUACUUCUGUGAGGAUGAUGGAAAACUGCUGUGCGUGAUGUGCCGAGAAUCCCGGGAACACCGGCCCCACACAGCUGUCCUCGUGGAGAAGGCUGCCCUGCCACACAGGGAAAAAAUCCUGAACUACCUGAGCACCUUGAGGAGAGACAGAGACAAGAUUCAUGGCCUUCAGGUGAAGGGAGAAGCGGACAUCCUUGCUGCACUGAUAAAACUGCAAGAGCAGAGGCAGUACAUUGUGUCAGAAUUUAAGCAGGGCCACCAGUUUUUGAAGAAGCGGGAGCAGCACCUGCUGGACCAGCUGGCCACCUUAGAGCAGCUGCUUACUGAGGGCAGAGAAAAGUUCAAGACCCGGGGUGUCAGUGAGCUAAGCCGGCUAGAGAUGGUCAUUUCUGAGCUGGAGGGUAAGGCACGGCAGCCUGCUGCAGAGCUCAUGCAGGAUGCCAGUUUCAUACAGGAUACCAGGGACUUCGCCAACAAGUAUCCACGGAAGAAGUUCUGGGUUGGGAAACCCAUCCCUCAUAUGGUGAAAAGGAAGACAGGAGAGUUCACAGAUAAAGUCCUCUCUCUGCAGCGAGGCCUGCGGCAGUUCCAAGGAAAGCUUCUAAGAGAGCUGGAAUAUAAGACAGUAAGUGUCACCCUGGACCCACAGUCAGCCAGUGGAUACCUGCAGCUGUCAGAAGAUUGGAAGAGUGUGAUGUAUACCAGCCAGUACCAGAGCAACUCCCUGUACCCCCAGCAGUUUGAUUGUGAGCCAGGGGUGCUUGGCAGCAAGGGCUUCACCUGGGGUAAGGUGUACUGGGAAGUGGAAGUGGAAAGGGAAGGCUGGUCUGAGGAUGAGGAGGAUGUGGAGGAGGAGGAAGGGGAUGAAGAGGAGGAUGAAGAGGAGGCUGGCUAUGGGGAUGGAUAUGAUGACUGGGAAACUGAUGAGGAUGAAGAAUCGCUGGGGGAGGAGGAAGAGGAAGAGGAAGAAGAGGAGGAAGAGGAAGCUCUGGAAAGCUGCAUGGUAGGAGUGGCCAGAGACUCUGUCAAGAGGAAGGGAGACCUCUCUCUCCGGCCAGAGGAUGGAGUUUGGGCACUGCGGCUCUCCUCCUCUGGUAUCUGGGCCAACACGAGCCCUGAGGCCCAGCUCUUCCCAGCACUGCGGCCCCGCAGAGUGGGCAUCGCCCUGGAUUAUGAAGAGGGUACUGUGACAUUCACCAAUGCAGAAUCACAGGAACUCCUCUAUACCUUCACUGCCACCUUCACCCGGCGCCUGGUCCCCUUCCUAUGGCUCAAGUGGCCAGGAACACGCCUCUUGCUGAGACCCUGAGCCCCAGUGCCUGCCUGAACCCCACAUAUCAACAGAAGCUUCACUUCUCUGAGAUCCCUGGAUUCUGAUGGGGGAGGAUGCCUGGCCAGCACAAACUGAAGUGGGAAGAGGAGGGACCCUACAUAAUGGCCACCCACCUCCCCAUCUCAGUGGCCAGAGACCUCGGAGGUAUCACUCAUCUCUACUUCCCAGUUGGGCUUCUCUUCCUCCUACUUAUUUCCUAUGGGACCUUCUGCCCCUGGAGUCCAUGGGGCCUCCCUGAGUGCCCUUUGUUACAGUUCUCUCUGUUGAACAGGGCUGGGGCAGGAUUUUGUGAUCCAGUUGGUGUCCAAUGCCAGCUGGUCUUGGGUAAAACUACUGAUGAGACCUAAGGCUAUUUUAAUGUCCUCAAACCCAUAGUUUCCCUUUGCCCAAAGCCACUGUGCUGCCACUGUCCCUGGUAUUUUAAACAGACCUACCCUUCUCAGAGUUAAACACUGAACAUGCUGGAAUACGCUGAAUCAAAAUCCACUGAGUCUUCCCAGGCCAUGUAGGUUGUUGGCCUGGAGUGCCAGGGAAUUGUCGUCUGACAUGGUGAAGAGUCCAUGCCAAGCCUGGGUCUGAGUGGUUGAAGAGGUGGUAUUCCCCAGGGCAAGUGGUAUCUCAGGGGAGGAUCUAGAUAGGUGUGACUGUGUUACUUAACAGCUGUAAUCAAUGAUCAGUGCAUUAUUUCACAGAGUGAUCCAUGUAAGGAGUUUUUUUUUUAGAAGAAUUUUUUGCUCUUGAUCCAUGUGUAAAAUCACUGGGGUGGGUGCUUUCACCUGCCUCGGAGUCUCAGGCCAGUUUCUCCAGGAGGGAUUUCAGGUUUCUGUUGCUGGUUGUACUGAGUGUCCAGACUCACUUUCUUAGGAGAGGGAAUAGAAGUGGGAAGAUGGCUAUGAGGAGAAAGGGUAGGUAGGCAGAGGAGUCCAAAGAAAUGCCCCGAUCUUCUUGCAAGGAGGAGAGGGCUUGCAGUGUCUGUCCACUGCCUACUGGCUUAGUCCAAGUCCUUUUGUACAGGGAUCCCAGGGCUCACAGGUGACCACCAGCUCCUGCUCUAGCCAAAGUAAUGUCUCAUUUUUUUGUCUUUAAUUCUGUUCAUUUUUUGCCUUUUGCCUGUUCAUCAAGCAUUAGCUCUUACCCCUUGUCCCAAGAGUCUGUUCCCAGCUACUCCUGGAGUUGCACGUUUGUGUGUCACAAGCUGCCUGCGUCAUGUGUAUCUUAAUUUCUGCCUCUAGUUUUGUAAGCUUCUGGAGGGCGACCCCAUCUCUUAAUACUUCUUUUAUCAUAGCACCUAGUGCAGUGCUGGGCCCUGAGUAGGUGUUCAAUAAAGACUUGUUGAAUGCA